AUGGCGUACCCCCCCACUAUGGAAGAGAUGCCCGGCAUGGGCAACUCCAUCGAAGUGACGGUCCAAACCAUGUCCGGCCGUCGCAGUUCUUUCUUCAUGGACAAAUUCGGAUUGAUUGGAGAUGUGAAGCAACGACUCAGCAAAGAGUUGGGUCGAAGAUUUCACGAGAUGAAGAUUCUCUGCGGAGGAAACAACCAAGAGCCUGACAUGUUUGAAAAGGUCAGCACCUUCAGAGGGCAUCGAGGAACAGUAGACCUCACAGUGGUGGUCAAUCGCACAUGUAGGUGGUGUCAUGCACAGAUCACCGAUCGCAACACGGUGAAUUGCAAGCUGGACACCGAAAUGGGUGACUUCUGCAGCCUGCGAUGCUACAAUCUGAUGGCCAAGGAGCUCUCAGAUCCGACGAAUGUCUUCACCAUCUUUGGCUUGAAUUCUGACAUUCCCCGCGAUCCACGUGAAAUGGGUCAUGGGCAUCACAGCCACUACCAGCAGAUGCAGUACGAUCCUUGGACCAUGGACCGUCGAGGAGGUUACUGA